AUGGAGGCUGCACUUCUCUUUAAGCCUCAUGUUGUUGUGACAGUGGAUUCCAAGGGUUUUUCAUUCCGAUUCCUAAAGCAGUUAAGGGGUAAUACAUCACUUACUUCUUCUGAGAUUCUAUGCUUGCUCUGCACUUGUCCUAAAAAUAGUAUGGCCAAAGAAAAUGGGGGAUUCCUUUUUGCAGCUAGAUAUGAUCAGCAAGCAUUGGUUAGCCUUCCUCCAAACUUCCAUUAUGUUGCACCAUCAUUCUGGGCCUGGAAAGGGGGUGAAAAAAGACUCAAAGCGCUAUCUGAGUUCAUAGACCACGUGUUCUGUAUCCUUCCAUUUGAGGAGGAAGUUUGCAAAGUGCAUGGACUAGCUGCAACCUUUGUGGGUCACCCCAUGCUGGAAGACGUUUGGGAGUUACAGUCGGAAAUGGACGCUACAGAAAAUGGAUGGAUAGUUAAAGGAAAUGGUGGGGAAUUUCGAAGUAAACAUGGGAAAUCUUCAGAAUCCACAAUCAUUACAUUGCUUCCUGGAAGCAGAUUACAGGAGGUAGAGCGAAUGAUUCCCAUUUUCUCAGACACUAUGGAACUAUUGAAAGACUCAUUUUCAGAGUUGACAACGGUAGUUCAUGUGGCACCUAAUCGGCAUGUGGAAGAAUAUGUCAGCAAAGCUGUUCGUGAGUGGCCUGUAUCUGUAGUAUUGAUUCCUGGAGGAUCUCCACAGCUGAAGUAUGAUGCAUAUAGUGCUAGCAAUGUAGCAUUUUGUGCAUCUGGCACAGCAGCUAUUGAGUUGCAGCUUGCACAGUUACCUUGUGUUGUUGCCUAUCGGGCCAAUCUCCUGACUAAAUGGCUUUAA